AAGAAGAGAAUAUCUCUGAAUAAAUAACAAUCAGCAGCACAACAAAGAGACUUUUGUCAAGAAUUAUAUUAUAGUCCCCAUGAUUGUGCCCAUGGUUGAAGAUGCACAUAGACCAAGGAUGUAUAGAUGAUGGUUUUAACAUAGAAGAUACAGAAAAAAGAUCUGCCAGUUCAUGUAGACCGCAAUGAAGGAUGCCUGCACAUUAUGAAGGACAAGUUGGUCAUUGGACAGACUGCUACAGGAUUUCACCAUCCAUUCCCAGGGUGCCAGAUAAUCAUGGCUACUACCAAAUUAGAGAUGUGCCACUGUGGCAUCAUUAUGAUUUGCCACCCUACAGGGAAGAUGAUGAAAGCUCAGCUUUAAUUGAUGUCUGGGAUGUUUAUGACCCAGAUUCAGAAACUUCUAAUGUGUCCCUGCGAUCGGUGAAACGAACAUUCAGUCACCGACCAUUGUCUCUUUAUGAUGAUCCUAAAAUACCCAGUGAAAAGUCCCAUAGUUCACCGACUACACCUCAGAAAUCACAAUCUCCCGGACUCCCAAGGAAGAGUUUCUCCCCGUCUUUAUUACGACGUAGUAUCUUUAAUCGUUCUCAGACGGAGGAGAAAUGUUCAGGAUGUGGGUUUCCUAUCAAAGACGAGAAGAGGAUCUCCAUGAAGCGUGCCGGUGAUAUAAGAGAUGUGUACCAUCCCAUGUGCUUCAAAUGUUCCAUAUGUGACACUGCUCUGAGUUUAAGAAGUUACAAGAAGCAAAAUAUGGACGGGCAGUUGUACUGUGAGUCACAUGUCCCAAUCACAAAGCCCCCACUCAGUCCAGAAACAGAUGACAAGACUCAAGCCUUGUUUGAGAUGCUGAUACAGAUACAAGAGAAGGGCAGAAUAGAUGAUCAAAGAUGUGACAUGUCCAAUUUAAUAAAGGGAGCUGAUUUCUAUGAACUACUACUUAAAUAUCAGAGUCGCAGACUUGAAGACCAGCGUUGUGCUCUGCCAGUACCACUGCAGACCUCACCAUGUGUGACUCCAACUGAACAGAGGAAAUCUUUUGAAACUCUAGAAGAGGUACUAAGGAAGCCUGGUCCUUACCCAAUGAUAGUCCUGCCAGAGAAUGGGGGAUACUGGAUUGAGGGCCAUGAUCAGAAGAGUCCUGUCAAUGAGAUGGGCUCGGAUCCUAAUCUGUCAGCAGUCCUGAUAGAACAAAAUGAUGUGGCUCAUUGCUAUAGGGACCAUUUUCUUAAAAAGGAACAUUUUGACUAUUUUUACCUUGAUGAGAAUGUCGGACCAAUUGUUAUGUCGAUUAAAGAUGAAAGCACAACAGACGAAGAACAACUAAGAGUUAUCUUGAGGACAAAAGCUUGGACAAAACAAAAAGUGGUUACAAUGGAGGAAGUUGAUAAUAUACCAAAUCCUGUUAAGGUUGCUAAGUGUUUGUGUGAAGAAAUUUCCACAGAACGAUUUAAUCCAGUUCUAUCUACAAAAGGAUCCCAGUUAAUAGUGGGUUAUGAUGAACAUAACAUUACAAACAAUUAUAAAAUUGGAAUAAUUUACCAGAAAUUCCACCAAACAAAGGAAGAGGAACUAUUUAGUAAUGUAAAUCACAGUCCUGCAAUGGAAGAAUUCUUACUAACAAUCGGUGAUCGAGUGAAAUUAAAAGACUUUCAGGGAUUUCGUGGAGGAUUAGACAAUGUUCAGAGCCAGACAGGGGAAGAAUCAGUAUAUACUCAAUUCAAAGAAAGAGAAAUCAUGUUUCAUGUGUCAACACUGUUACCCUUCACAGAUGGAGAUCCACAACAGUUACAAAGAAAACGACACAUAGGCAAUGAUAUAGUAGUUAUAGUGUUCCAGGAAGAAAAUACUCCAUUUGUGCCAAAUAUGAUUGCCUCACACUUCCUCCAUUCCUUUAUAGUGGUACAACCCAUUGACCCUAACACGGACCAUACCAAGUACAAAGUGUCCGUAGCAGCAAGGAGCGAUGUUCCACAGUUUGGACCAAGUAUUCCUAACUCAGCAAUAUUUGAUAAGGGACCAGAAUUUAGAGACUUUCUGUUGACAAAGAUAAUUAAUGCAGAGAAGGCUAGUUACAAAAGUGAUCAGUUUUCAAAGCUGGAGGAGAGAACUCGAGGGGCUCUCUUAGAAUGUCUACACACAGAACUACACAAAAAGAACAUAGAAUUAUUUGGACUGACCAUGAUGCCAGGAUUUAAACAAGAAAGCAGCAAGCUGAUUGGUUCAUUUAAACGGGUAUUAAGUAUGGGUCGUACCCAGAAUGAGGCAGCGUCAAACAGAAAGUCGAAUGGCUCGUCAUUAACAACAGUCGGAGAAGAAGAAAAAUCGUCUAGUCCAAAGAGAUCCCCAGCAUCCAGAAAGAAAUAUAAUAGACAGACAAGUAAUAGCUUAGAGAAAAAACAAAGAGAUAAAACCACUGUGGUCCAAAGAAGUAUAGACAGCCAGAGUACACAGUCAUCCUACAAAACAUGUAGUGCCCCUUCUAGUCCCCAAUCUAGUCCAAGUAGUACAGCAUCAGCCCAGAGAGUCAGUGGUACCAAUAUCCAGAUCUCACCUUCAAAUUCAGAGAGUUCGUUUAACAGUAUAGACGACUACGCUCCUACCCAUCUCACUCAUUUCCAUGAAGACUCAGACACAGGAAUGUGUUUAUUUCAGGAGAGUUUGUCGUCUGCUGGUACCCCAAACAAUAAUUAUAUUCGAUCAGAAGAUGGAUUGUACUCAGAUUUAGAUGGCAAUACUCAACAUAACCUACGAUAUGAAAUACACAAACUAAAAGCCGAGAGGGCAGAAAUAUUGAAACAUAAUAAGGCAUUACAGAGAGAUUUAAAAGAUUAUAAAGACCGAGAAAAGGGUUUAAUGUCCCAACUCAUGAUAUUCCAACUGGAAAACAGACGACUGUCACAGACAACUAACAUUGAAAUCAGUUCAGAGGCUACUGUGUAACAUUUCUGUAAAGCCUUUUCUGAUUGGCUUAUGUAAUGACAUGUUCUGAUUGGCUGAAUCUGUAAUGACAAGAUCGUAUGGAGAGUGAACAGAUUUUUUUUUCUAUGAAAAGUUUCAUUCCCUUGAAACAUGGCGAUACUGACACCACAGCAUUUAUUUGUUAAAUGUGUUCUGAUUGGAUGUUGUUUAGUGUAACAAUUCCAUCCAUUUUGUCAAAUACAAUCUGAUUGGUUACUAAGAUUCUGUUACUGAAAUCCAAACUGUCAGCUUCAAAAUGUCUGAUUCUGUUGUCUGUUGGAAUAACUGAUCAACAAAACUUGCCUGCCUGACGCUUCUAUUUGAAUUAAUGGCAAAGUAUAUAUGAUUACAUCUAUGUUCAUGUCUUCAUACCUGCCAACUUGUAAUUUCUCCCAUGGAGGUUCCCAAUUUGAAAUUUUAAAGGAGCAAUUUUGUCCACAAUUUAAACAUAACAGACAAUUUUACUAUGUGUAUGGUAUUGUGAAAAUAUGAAGAAACAUUAAAAUAAAUGUGAAGGCCACUUGAAAGAUUUUGUAGGACUAUGACAACCAUCUUGCAUGUAAAACCCCCAUUGAAAUGUUGGCAGGUAUGUGUCUUUGUAACAGCAUGACAAAUGUGAGAAUACCACAGUGGAAUACAAAUAUGAUGAAAUUGUUUUUGUGUCAAAAUCUUCCUUUAUCCAUAGAUUUGAUAUUAUUUUAUCAUUCUUAUUUUGGAAGAUUUCAUUUGUCGUACAUUAUACAAGACAAGCUAUGUGAAUUUAUACUGGUGAUUAUGACAAAAAAGUGCUAUGUGUUAUGUGUUUCUAAUGAAACAACUGUUAAAGAUUUACAAACAUUAUUACAUAUGAAUUUUGCUGAAUAAUGUUCUAUGGAAAAUCAACUUCCAAAACCGGGGAAAAAAUGACAUAAUCCAAGAAAAUGGAAGCCAGACUUUUCUUUUAUAUUUUACUAAAACAAAUCAUGGAAAUCUAAAUAAUUCUUGAAAGAAGUGAAAAGAAUAUUAACUUAAAUCAAGUCUUUUUCAAUAAAAUCAUAAUUUCACUUCUAAUUGAAAUCAUUGAUAAAAUUAAUAACAUCUUCAAGAACAUAUUUCAAUUUUAUAAUCUGCAAAGCUGUUUUUCACUGGAACAAAAUAUCAUCUGUAUCUUGGAUGUUUAUAUCAAAAACUGACAAUUGUUAAUGCAAGUGUCAAAUUAGUCAAAUUUGAAUUUAUUUUUUUUAAACCUGGUGUUAGAUGGUUUACAUAUCUUGAAUUAAUUGCAGGAUAAAUAUGUGUUUAUUUUAUAAUGAAUAAUUUAUUCAAUGAACAUUUCGGGUUAAUAUAUAUAAAAAAGAUAUGUCAAUAUUUUCUAUAACAUAUAAAGCUGAUUCGACUAUAUUCCUGCUUACAGAUGCAAAAAUUUCAAAAUUGUCAAUUUUUAAAAGAAAUCAAUUCUUCAAUAGAAAUGUUCAUUUCAUGUAAUCUCCAUGGAAACUGGUAAUAUAAUAUAUUAUUAUAACAGCUUUUACUGAUUUUAUGUUUGCUCAGAGAUUUUGAGUAGAAGGUGCUAAGACUGCCUGAAAGUGCAAUAUCAAUGUAUAUUGUCUAACCGUGCAAUAUAUAUGUAAAUAGUAUGGAAUAAUUUAAUAUUGUUGUAUAUAUUAUUAUUAUAUUUGUUUCUCAAUGAUAAAUAAAUCUAGUCUCUUACAA